AUGGCGGAUAACGGCAAGAUGAUUGUGGGAAUGGAGUCCUCGCUGCGAAUGCGGAACUUCCCGAAGUCCUGGAUGGCCCCUGGCAGUGGGGACAUCGAAGCAAAGCUGAGGAAGCUGCUCUCGACCUUUGGUGAUUUGACUGGACUUCAGGUUGUCACAGAAGAGAAUGAGCUCACCACUGCGACUGCAACCUUUGCUGAUGCUGCCAUGGCAGAAAAGGCAGUGAAGGCACUGCAUGGCGUCGACAUGCGGACAGCCAAGCAAAAGCGAGAAGCAGGCAGUCGGCCUCCGUCUGAGGAUGAGAAGUUCUGGGCGCAGAUUCUGCCACAGGCGCCCGAACCUGAGUCGGAGCAAGCCUCGCAGGAGACCUACUUGCUAGUGGAGGGCUUCCCCACAAGCUGGAGUGAGGCUCAACUCCGGGCGACUUUCCUUGCUUUUGGUGGGGUGGAGCGGCUGACCUACGUGCCAGACUCCAGGUAUGGUCGCAUUGCAAGAAUCAUCCUGAAGGACCGUUCUGCGAUGGAGCGCGUAGCAACGGAGCUUCAUGGCUCCAGAGUCGGUGAUGGAGAUAUUGUAGAGGAGUGCAUCCUCCACUGCAAAGUCACAAGUGCUGCGGUGCAAAAGAAGGAAGAGGAAGCUCGCAAGCGAAGAGAAGAGAAAGAAGCUAGAAAGUUGUAUCGCGCUGACGUCCGCAAGAGGCGGGAAGAAGCUCGACGGGAGAAGGAGCGGCAGGACAAGGAGCCGAAUGAUCCAGAAAAAGACGAGACCAAGGACUCGCAGGCGAACAAGGCAAUCAAGGAAACCGAGGAAGAGGAGGAAGAGGAAGAAGAUAGAGCGGAUCGAAAGCGCAAAGAAAAAAGAAGCAAAGAGCAAAAGGAGCACAAAAAGAAAGAGGCUGCCAGAAAGGCUGCUGCCCGCUUCGAGGAGCAGGAAGAAACGCUUCGUCAAGAUGAGGAGGAAGCUGCGAGGCUCGCAGCAGAGGAGGCGGAGCAACAGAAGAAAGAAGAGGCAAAGAAGUCGGCAGCUGCAGCAGCGUAUCAGGAAGAGCUGCGGCAGAAGGCCAAGGAGGCAGCUGAGCGAAGAGAAAAGGAACAGCAACAACGGGAAGCAGACCGGCAGAAAAGAGAGGAGAAGAGGAGGCUGUGGGAACAAGAUCGAAUGAGGAGAGAGGAGGCAAGGCAGCGCUUGGAAGAAAAGCGCCAAAAGGCAGAGGAAGAGCGACUGCGUAAAGAGGAGGAAGAAAAGCAGCGCCGAGCAGAGGCUGAAAAGAAGCGAGAAGAGGAGCGACAAAGAAAGGAGGACAAAAUGCGGCGUUAUGAAGAGAGCCGCAUGAAGCGCGAAGAGGUGCGAACGAGAAACGAGAUCCAGCGAGAGCUUUGGGAGGAAGAAUGCAUGAAGAGGGAGGAGAAGCUGCAGCGCUGGGCAGAGGAACAGAUGAGAAUCGCCGCCGAGAAGAAGCGCAAGCAGGAAGAGGAAAGGAGGCGGAAGUUUGAGGAGGAAAUGCGGAAGUGGGAAGAGAAGAGGAUGAGACGCGAGGAAGAAAUGCAACGGCGUGUUGAGAAAGCUGCUAAGCUUGCCGCAGAGAAGCGAAAACAGCGUGAAGAGGAAAAGCUGCGCUUGCGAGAGGAAGAGAAGCGCCGGCGAGAGGAAGAAAUGCGGCGGUAUGAAGAAAGUCGUAUGCGCAGGGAAGAGGAGCUCCAAAGAUGGUAUGUCAAAGUGCUCCAGGCAAGAGACGCCGCGGAUCAGAGAAAGCGUGCUCGGGAGGAGGAGCGGCAGCGCAAGGAGGAAAAGAUGAGAAGGUGGGAAGAAGACAGAAUGGCAAGGGAAGAAGUGAGGCAAAGAAGAGAGGACAGGGCGGGCUCGUGA